CCCGUGAUCGCCUCUAUGUGACGCUGUGGUGCACAAGACUACAUAGAAGAACAGUAGAAGAAGAAAUCAUUUCAUAACAAAACGUCACAUCCUCUGACCGCUGCUAAAGGUGAUCCGCUUCAGAACUUUGCAUCAAUGUUGCGCUUGAUCGCAACAUCCCUGUGCCUCCGGUGCCAACGUGCCCCAGCUCUACCUUUACGCCUAAGACCAUGUGCAACACUGAGCUCAGCAGAGAACCUGCAGACCGUGGAGGCUCUGUACGAUCUCUCUGUGGACCUCCAGAAGGUCCGGAAACUUAAGGGCUGGGUCCUGCAUCAGAGCCCAGCCUACACGAAGGAGGUAGCUGACAUGCUAAAGGACAUGGGAGCCUCGGGCCCCGUCGUUGCCCGGAUCCUAGCAGUUCACCCUGAGGCGGUCCUCUGUCCCCCGGAGGAGAUGCGGGCUCAGAGGAAGCUGUGGAUGUCCGUGUGCCCAAAACCGAAAGAGCUGGUGGGUAUCAUCGAGAAAUUCCCAGCCUCCUUCUUCACCUCGUCCAGCCACCACGACAACCAGCGGAACAACAUCGCUUACUUCCAGAGCUUAAACCUCAACAAGCGAAUCAUCACUAAGCUGAUGGCCAGCGCUCCCCACAGCUUCAGCCGGCAAGUAGAGCAGAACGAGGUCAUGGUGCGUACCCUCCAGCAGGCCUACCAGGAGCUUGGGGGCGAGGAGGCCAACAUGAAAACCUGGCUUCAGAAGCUGCUAAGUCAGAACCCGUUUGUUCUCCUUAAGCCUCCCGAGGUGCUGAGGCAGAACCUGUUGUUCCUGAGAGACAAGGGCUUCAGCACGGCCGAGCUCCUCCGCCUCCUCUCCAAACUCAGGGGCUAUGUCACUGAGCUGAACCCGGACAGCAUGCGUCGCACCCUGGCGUACUCCCAGGACACCAUGGGCUGCUCGGAGACAGAGCUGCGGGACAUGAUCCUAAACUGCCCGGCUCUGCUUUACCACCCUGACCAUAUUCUGGCUGAGCGCUUUGAGAGCCUCCUCAGCACCGGGAUCAGCAUGUCUCAAAUCAAAGAGACUCCGAGCGUUUUGGAGCUGACCACGCAGAUAGUGAAUCAUCGCAUUCAGCGGCUGAGUGUGCACGGUUAUGACGUGAGGACAGGUAGUCUGGAGGUCCUAAGUGGCACUAAGAAGGACUUUGAGAUGAGCUAUGGAAAACUACAGCUACGUAGAGAGAGACCACUUUUUAACCCUGUCGCCCCUUUAAUAGGAGAUGACUGACCGAGACUAAUGCAGUUGAAUUAAAGCUGUGUAAAAGUG